AUCCGUCGUGACUCGGAAGCAGAGCAGCGCACACAUCUCAGGCUGCGGUCACACGUGGAUCCAGAAGUUGGUUGCAUAGUUGUCAAAUUCACUAGACAACAUGUCGAGGAGGUUGAGAUCAAUUCCCGGAGCUACUCACACGGAGGUGAAGGAGGAGGAGGUGUUGAAGGAGGAGAAAGAAGAGGAGAAAGAGGAGAAAGAGGAGGAGGACGUCCAUGAGCCGCCGCCGGAGACCAGACGGACCCGCAGCGGCCGCAGAGUGCGCACUCCGGCCGCACUGCUGGACUCUGAGGAGCCGCCGAGGACUCCUAGCAGGAGGACCAGGAAGACGGUGCUCCAAGAGCUGCCGGUGGUGGAGGAGAUAAACACCGGGGAACAAGAGCACAAACCCGAGGCUCUGCCCGAGGAGAAGUCCGUCGUUCCCGCUGAACCGGAGCCCUGCAACGGGGCAAAACCAGCCGGAGGAGACGCGCAUGUUCCCAGGCCUGCAACAGCACCGGAGACGGUCCCCGCCGGCCCAGGGACCGUCCAAGUGACCGUCCCAAAGAAGAAGGCCAAUCUGGCCCCGAGUGUGAAACAGAAUCCGGUCAUUCCGCUGGGGAAACCCAAAUCUGGAAGAGUGUGGAAGGACCGCAGCAAACAGAGGUUCUCUGCGUUGGUCAGAGACAAGCCACUGUGCACCUCUUGGGAGAAGAAGAUGCAGAACAAGCGAGAGAAGGACAUGGUGAAAAAGUUUACUACGCAGCUCAAAGAUGACAAGGCCAAGCAGAAGGAGGAUAAGAGGAAACGCAGAGAAGACAACUUAAAACGACGCACGGAGAACGAACGCAAAUCCGAGAUUGUGCAAGUGAUUCGGAACACGGCAAAGAUCAAGAGGAUGAAGAAGAAGACACUCAGAAAAAUCGAGAAGAGAGACACGCUGGCUCUGCUGCAGAAGACACAGAAGCAGAGAGUCAAAGCCAAAGCAGAAAAGAACCCCGUCAAAGAUUUAACCUAAAGACUAAGAAAAUGCAAAUGCAUCUUUUCAGUAUUUUGUCUAAAUGUCUCAUAUUUGAUGUCUGAAAUACAGCAAACGCUAUCAGACAUAUUUCUCACAAGAGGCUUAAUUCUUUCAUUGACUCAAGAAAGCUUUUUUAAAACACAUUUCUUGCAGACAGUGAAGUGUGCGUGAUGUCACCGCUACAAAAGCCUUACACGGACACCAGUUUGAAAUCCCAAAUAGGGGAAAAGGCUGAAUAUUAAAAAAAAAGGAUGAAGAAUUGGAAAAAGAAAAAAAUGGAAACAACGAUGUCCUGAAGGAGCUGAAUGUGUUAAUGGCUGAAUGAUAACAAUUGGUUGAAGUACGCAGGAGUUGAUGGUGACCAAAGUCUUUAGGCCAAGGUAAAAAAUGAUCGUGGGGCUGCAGUGUCAGCAUUCACACUCAUUAAGACGUAGUCCCAGAUAAGAAAACUGUAACAACUACCUUGUAACAUGAUGUUCAAUAGUUAUGAAUAAACAAUCUUUUUGCAUGUUAA